AAUGAUCAAAAAGUAUUUUAGCUUUGAUUUUCAGGUUAUUGGAAAAGUACAAGGUAAUUAAGAUCUUGAAUCUAAAAUAGGAGUAUACUUUAGAAAAUUUACAAAGGAACAAGGAACUAAUUUGGGAUUGGUAGGAUGGGUUGAGAAUCAAAAAGAUGGAUCAGUCAAGGGAGUUGCUUAAGGUGAUCAUAAAAAGUGUGAAGAAAUGUAAAAUAUUUAGCGAUUCUUAACUUUCUUAGGAUCCAUUGGUUAACGAAUGUGGGAUCUCCAAAAAGCAAGUAUUUGAAUUGUUAUUUUAAUUAUAGAAUUGAGAAGAUGAUCAAAACCAAUGAGAGAGAAAUCGAUAAAUUAUAAUAUAAAGAAUUCUCGGUGAGGGAUGAUAAAAAAUAGAAGUGAUUUUAUAAUAUAAUAU